AAGAAGUGUUUUCCACCCAUGAAGCCUUCAGUUACUCCCCUCGCAAACAUUGGUCAAAGUUCGAUGCGUCGACUCAGUAAAGGUCUGCAUUCAGUUUUUUGUUGUGUGCUGCUGAGAGUUUAAACUUUUAAUACAGCCAGGCUGACAUUUUUGUUCUGACUAACAAUGAUAACAUAUAUUUUAUACACGGCUCUGGCAGGUUUGGCACUUUUGGUGUUAUUGCCUCGCCUGAAAACUCGUUAUUUUUUUCAAGAUUUGAGUUUCGCCAUUUCUUCAAUUAAAAUUGCUAUAAGCUUUAACAAAAUUAAGAAGCGGAAACCGUUUUACAGUAUGCUGGACGCUUUUCUGGACAAAGUGGCGAAACAUCCGCAUAAGAAGUUCAUUAUUUUCGAGGAAAGCUCGUACACGUACAGCCAAGCCGACAAAGAGAGCAACAAAGUGGCGCGAGCGCUGUCCACCCACGCCGGCCUGAAGGAGGGGGACACGGUGGCCCUCUUCCUGGAAAAUGAGCCUCACUUUGUGUGGCUCUGGCUCGCUCUGACCAAGUUGGGAUGCAUAUCUUCUUUACUGAACUGCAACAUCAGAUCCAAGUCUCUGGUGCACUGCUUCUCCUGCUGUGACGCCAAGGUCCUGGUGGCUGGUGCCGACUUGAAACAGGCUGUAGAGGAGGUGUUACCCACCUUGACCGAGCAGGGUGUCCGUGUGUUUAUCCUCAGUGAGCACUGUGAGGUGGAGGGCAUUGAAAGCCUCUCUGAUAAAGUUCAGCAGGCCUCAGACCAGCCUCUGUCACCUCAGCUGAGGGCCAACGUUAACAUUAAGAGUCCCGCACUCUACAUCUACACCUCAGGAACCACAGGACUUCCCAAGGCAGCUGUUAUCAACCACGAGAGGCUAUGGAUGUCAACCUUUCUUCAGUCCAUUGCUGCUGUCCGCUCAGACGAUGUCCUCUUCAUGUGCCUGCCUCUUUACCACACUUCUGGAUUUCUGAUGGGGCUUUGUGGAGCCAUAGAACGAGGCAUCACGGUUGUUUUAAAACGUAAGUUCUCUGCCUCCAACUUCUGGAACGACUGUAGGAAGUACAACGUGACAGUUAUUCAGUACAUAGGAGAAAUUAUGCGCUACCUCUGCAACACACCUAAGCGAGACAAUGAUAAAGAUCAUAAGGUCCGACUGGCCCUAGGGAACGGGUUAAGGAGCGACACCUGGGAGGAUUUCCUGCAGCGAUUUGGGGACAUUUGUAUCUGUGAAUGCUACGGAGCGACUGAAGGAAAUGUUGGCUUUGUCAACUACUGUGGCAAAGUUGGAGCUAUUGGCAAAGAGCAUUUUCUCCACAAAAUGGGAUUUAAGUACGCCCUCAUAAAGUAUGACACGGAGAAAGAGGAGCCCGUCAGAAAUUCCAAGGGAUUUUGUGUUGAAGUCCCCAAAGGAGAGACCGGGUUGUUUGUGGGGAAGAUCGAAGAAAGAUCUCCUUUCAGUGGCUACGCCAAGAACCAUCAGCAGACAGAGAAGAAGAAGCUAAGAGAUGUGUUUGUGAAGGGAGACCUCUACUUUAACAGUGGUGACCUUCUAAAGAUAGACAAGGAGGGAUUUGUCUUCUUUCAAGACCGCAUUGGAGACACUUUCAGGUGGAAAGGCGAAAAUGUAGCAACCACAGAGGUGGCCGAUCAUUUGCUGAUGUUGGACUUUGUCGAGGAGGCUAAUGUCUAUGGUGUGAAGGUGCCAGGACACGAGGGACGAGUUGGAAUGGCAGCAGUGAAGCUCAAAGAAAACAUGGACUUUGACACCAAAGCUGUCUAUCAACACGUCAAAAACUACCUCCCCAGCUACGCAAGACCCCGCUUCGUUCGCUUGCAGGAUGCAGUGGUAGUUACUGGGACGUUUAAGCAAAUGAAGGUGAAGCUGGGACAGGAGGGCUUUGACCCGGCUGCCAUCAGUGACCCUCUGUUCUACCUGGAGGACAACAACAACUAUGUACCCAUGACUCAGCAGAUAUUCAACUCCAUCACAGAUGGAAAAAUCAGGCUCUGAAUGAGUUCAGUGUUUAUUGUUGGAUUGUGAACCUCAAAAUAAUACAUUUGAUUUUGAGAUUUGAAGUGAUACUGGAUGUCAAAUAAUGAUAAAUGGCAUUCACAUUGAACAUUUAGGUACAGCACAUUUCAUGAGCUACUUGAAUGGAAUAUUGUGUACUGAAAUAUUUUUAAGGGAUUUAAUUUAGUUUGAAAAUUAAAAACAUGAUUGUACUGAGCAAAGCAAUCCCAAAUCAUUGACAUGGUUAUACAGUGAUCUUAGAUUUGCCAAGAACUGAAAGUGCUGGCACAGCACCCGGCCUGAACAGUAGUAAAUUACUCAAUCAUA